UCGGAUCGAUCCUCCGUCAAACUACUUAGGUUGCAUGCAUCACCGGACAUUUGCAUGUGAAACCGUACGUUUGGAUGUACAGGUGCUCUGAGCUUCAACAUCGGCCUGACACGAGACUUGCCCGGGGCAGUUGUUGAAUCAAGCUAGGCACCCGCCCCUCUAUCGAGCUCCGUCGUCAAUGUUGUUUCGGUCGAACCAUGCCCAAUGUUGGAAGACCUUCGAAAGGAUGUAAGCACUGCAGGGACAGGAAGGUCAAGUGCGAUCAAAAGCGGCCUUCGUGCUCGCAGUGCAUCCGCUCCGGCAAUGACUGCCAUGGCUAUCGCGAUGCCUUGUCGAUGAUGUUCAAGGACGAGACUGCAGUUGUUGCGAAGAAGGCGAGGAAACGGUAUCAAGCUUUAGCGUUACAAAGCCCCCCUCAAGACUCGACAGCAGGGCAGCUUCCAGAGACAGGCAGUUCGAAGGCUUUAUCCAUCCUGUACACGGACGUGGACUCUCGAAACCUAAAGCCCGUUCGUUCAGCGAUAUCGAGAUACCCGACACCCGAUAGCCUGGUCAGAGAGAUUUUGCCGUCAAUCGAAGACCAAGCCAGGGGGUUCUUUAUCGCGAGCCAUGUGUCGAAGCCAGCUAUUGUACCCAGAGGACAGUACGAGUGGGUGCUCGAAGCGUUGAGCCAUUCUGAUUGCGAGGAGGUCCUUCGAAGCAGUGUAAACGCUGCCAGUCUGGCUGCGCUCGCAAACUCCACCAAGAACCCCGUGAUUGCGGCCAAAGCACAUGCCGCCUACGGCUCCGCCCUGCACAUGACCAACAGCGCGCUGCGGGUCAAAGAGACGGCGGUGACAGACAGCACGCUGAUAUCCGUCAUCAUGCUGGGUCUGUACGAGAACUUUGUCUUCCAGGACAAGCGAUCGAUCCAGGCCUGGUCCAAGCACGUCCAAGGAGCGAGCGCCCUCUUGAACCUCCGCGGCAAGGAGCAGUUCAAGUCCAAUACCGCCAGGCGCAUCUUUCACCAGUUCUACGGUAUCAUCAUGCUGGUCAGUCUUGAGUCUGGACAGCCGAUUCCUGACGGCAUGCGUGAGUUGUACGACUUUUGCAAUCCAACAUCAGACUACACCAUCCAAGGCCGGCAAUGGACAACGCGACUGGUCCACUUCAUGCACGACGCGAUUGACCUGAACCGGCACAAGGACGGCGAUCCCAUCGAGAUGGUCAACCGCGCCACCAACCUCGACCGCGAGCUCGACAGCAUCAAAGCCCUCAUCCCGAAGAUCUGGCAGUACGAGACAGUCCGCCUGUCGCAGCCCUCGGACAACGCCCACGGCACCUUCUACCACGUCUACAUGGACCCGUGGAUCGCGCAGAUGUGGAACAACCUGCGCAUCUGCCGCAUGCACCUGUACCGCACGGUGCGCACGCACCUGCAGCGCGGACACGCUUGCAACCCGCCGCUGUUCUCCCCCGCCGAGACGCGCCCGCAGAUCGCCGCCGCCGAGCAGGUCCUGCGCACCACCAUCGCGGCCGUGUGCGCCUCCGUCCCGCAGCUGACGGGCAUGAUUGCGUCGCCGCAGUCGCGCGGCUCGUUUGCCGCGUCGCAGGCCGAGACCGCGCUGCCCGACGCCGCGCAGGUACAUCCGCCCGGCACGUUUCUCGACCCCGCGCGGCCGACGGGCAUGCACCACCUGAUCUGGCCGCUGUUCGCGGUCGGGUCGUCGGAUCUGGCGAGCGCGGAGACACGGCAGCACGCGAUUGACAUGCUGUAUUUCGUGGCGCUGCGUAUUGGCACGCGGCAGGCUGUUGUGCUGGCGGACAGCCUGAAGGAGAAGCAGCGGGGUGAGUCGCGGGAGUCGAGGUCUUGCGAGUCGGGGUCGCGGGAGUCGGGGUCCUGGGACUCAGGCGCCAGUGCCAUGUUCGAAACCUGAGGUCCCUGUGGAUGCAGACAGGCCAUUUUACCUUCUCUUGACGUCGGCGAUGCAUUCGCAGCUCCACAGACGCCCGCCGCCAGACCCGGGACCACACACCUCCAGCCCAGAGCCGCCGUCGCGUCUCUGCCACACCGACUCCAUGGGAACCAAAGACAGCAUGGUAUUCAGCUGCUAUGCCGGCGAGCGCGAGGUGCCGGAUACGCGUGGCGGGUCCCUGUUGCGAGCUCCUUUCCUUUGCAGCUGGAUCAAGGACGCAUAGCCGCGCCGUCCGCUAUCGCGAGCUAGUCGUGAUACGAGGGUUCGCAGUCGCUGAUUGCGGAGCGCGAUGGACUGGCGUGGAGUAGUUGAUAGUCGAUAGCAGCGAGGACACGGCCGUUGAUGUAUCAGUCAUGAAGUAAAUUCAGGGUAUAUACAAACAUCCCGUCCCAUCCCAUCCCAGCCUGUCUAUCGUCUA